AUCAACAGACAUUCACAUUCAUUUUAAUACAUCGAAUUAACGACAUUUAUUCAUAUUUCACUUUCUUAAAAUCGGAAAUUUAGCAUUUUCACAACUUUUUUUACAGAAGAUACAUUUUUUUUAUUUUUUUUUAAUAAUACAUUUUCGGUUAAAUUAGAAUCGGUUCAGUAUUUUGUUAUUGCUUGAAACUAAAAUAUAAAUCAACGUGAUGUCUGUAUUUCAUAACCUGGAGCCAUAUCAUCACGAUUAUUACUUAAAUUCGCCGUCAUUGCUAUCGUCACCAUCGUCAGUCAGUUCAAUGAAUACAGAUGGAAAUAUUCAUUUGUACGGUAGCACAAUGAGCUCACCGAUGUCAGGCAAUAUGUCACCAAUAUCGAACAGUAUGUCACCGGUUUCGUCGAGUGAUAGCAGCAGUGCAUAUCAUUUUCAACAGUUGCAAAUAUCAUCGAAUGCCAAUGAAUACUUUGUGAAUACGAUGAACACAAAAAUGGAUGAACCAUUUUUAGAGAUAAUGGAACAGCCCAUCGAUAAGUUUCGGUUUCGUUAUAAAUCCGAAAUGCAUGGAACUCAUGGUAUGCUCACCGGACAACAUUCGAAAAAAACAUUUCCAGCCGUUCGUCUACGUAAUUUCACCGGUGAAGCAUUGAUACGAUGCUCAUUGUAUCAGAUUUGGAAACCGGGCCAUGAACUACCGUUUCCCCAUUCGCACAGUCUGGUCGUUCGUUGUGGUAACGAUGAUAAAAAAGAUCCACACGAAGCGAUGGUAUCACAAUUACAUGGAUACAAAGCAACAUUUCAAGGAAUGGGAAUCAUACAUACGGCACGAAAGCACAUUGAAGACGAAUUAUAUGAUAAAUUGGUGGGUCGGGCUGAAUUCGAAAAGGGAUGUGAUCUAACCAAACCCGAAAAGGAUCUGUUACGAUCAAAAGCAAAAAAACAUUCCAAUGAUAUGAAUUUGAAUCAGGUGUCAUUGUGUUUCGAAGCAUAUGAACGUGUUAAUGGUAAAUGGAUGCGAUUGUGUGAACCUAUUUUUUCAACGCCCAUAAACAAUUUAAAAAGUGCAUUGACGGGAGAAUUGAAAAUAAGUCGCAUGAGUUCGGUCAUUGGAAGUGCAGCUGGAAAUGAUGACCUUUUCAUAUUUGUCGAAAAAGUUGGAAAAAAAAAUAUAAAGGUUCGAUUUUUUGAACAAGAUGACGAUCAAAUCAUUUGGGAAGAUUGGGGAAAAUUCACGGAAGCCGAUGUUCAUCAUCAAUAUGCGAUCGCAUUAAAAACACCACCAUAUCGUGAAGUCAGCAUUGAUGAAAGUGUAAAAGUUUAUAUUCAACUGUAUCGACCGGGUGAUGAAGCCAUUAGUGAACCAGUUGAAUUUCGAUACAAACCAUGUGUCAACUUCAAUUUAAAUAUGAAUCGAAAACGACCACGAGUUGCCUCUUUUUACGAUUCCGACAUACCAGUGGUCGUGGCAGAAAAUGCAUUUGUUCGCAAUCCGUCGGACAGUUAUGUGCCACAAAUGGAUAAUACGAGCAAUGACACUGACAUCGAUCAAAUAAUAUCCGAUCUUUUCAGCAACAGUCCAAAUGAACUUCUUGAUCCAGAAGAAUUCACCUCACUACUGCAACAAUUGAAUGAGAAUCCAAAUUGUGCGAGCAGCGAAGAAAAUUCCGAAUUUGAUAAGCUUGCAAAAGAUUCGGUCAGCAUUGAUGACGAUCAUUCAAAUGCAUCAUUAUCAAAAGAAGAGAAAUGGAUUGCACAAUUUCUCAACAAAAUUAAUCCAUUGAUUAAGGGCCACAAUGUCACCAAUUCAAGAGUUUGUCGAAAAUUCUUCGAAUUUAUAUUCCAAAGGGUUCUUUUCAAUGGCAAUAACAUUAUGCACAUUUGUGCAAAAAGUGAUGAUCUCAAGCAAAUGAAUUGUAUUUGGGAAAUUAUACAUAAAUUCCAAUUAUACGAUUUGUUGGACAUACGAAAUUACAAUAAAGAAACUUGUGCACAUUUCGCUAGCGCAAUGAAUAAAACAAGUGUACUUGAAGAGCUCAUCAAAUAUGGCAUCGAUUUGAAUGCCGUCGAUGCGGAUGGUAAUACAGCUCUGCAUAUUGCAAUUCGUGAAAAAAAUGACGAUUGUGUUGCGGUCAUCAUGAAUAGCAGCUCAAACAAAUGGGGAAAAGAGGUCGAAAUUAAUUUGAGUAUACUAAAUGAUUCCGGUUUUACACCGUUGCACAUGGCAUCGAUGACAAAUAAUGUGAACAUUGUUAAAAUGUUAGACGUAAAAUCGGCACAAAUGAAAAAACCAAUAUUCGAUGAUGUAGAGGGAAAGCAUGGAAAUAAUGCGCUACAUAUUGCAAUCGAAUCGGACGCUCACAAUGUGGCCGAAUAUUUAAUACAAAAUAAAUGCAUAAAUCCAUCGAAAGUAAACAAAUCCAAUCAUACGGCAUUGUACUUGGCACGCGUGGCGAAUUCAAUGGAUUUGGUAAAUUUGAUGCAACGAUAUAUUUCAGUCGAUAACGAACAGUCGAUGGAUGAUGAUGACGACGCAAGCUCAAAAGAUUCGUUUGAAUCACAAGAAAUAAACAAAACAACGACUGAGGCCAAGCAAACGAGCGUUAUCGUUAAAACUGAAUCAUGCAAAUUGCAAGAGAGACAAGAUGCAAAGAAAUUUGAUAAACAAUGUCUUGAUGAACUGUGCGUUAUAUUUAACAAGAAUGAUAAAUGGAAAUCGAUUGCGAUGAUUUUGGGCUAUCAAGACUGCGUGGAAUCAUGGCAAAAAUCUCGAAAUCCAACCAGAAUUCUACUCACCUAUGCAGAGUCGUUGAAAGUGUCCAAAGAAACUAUCGUUGAUAUUUGUGUGCAACUUGGUGAAAAAAAUGCCGUGAAUUGUAUAGAUGAAUGGAAAAAGGGGGUUUAAACGUUGAAUGCUUAUCGCUUUGCUUCAACAAGAUUAUCGCCGCUGUUGAUGACGCUGUUUAUUCCGUUUCUGAAAACAAAAGUCCCUUCGAUGGGAGCUCAUCAUGUUUAGGAAUAGUUUAAAAUAAGGGAAACCACCAGGUUCAAUUGAUUUUUUUCUUUAUAUACUUUAUUUACUUCGAACUACAAAAAUGUGUUUUUUUUAUUCAUUCUUUUUUACAUCAGAUUAAUUUUUUUUUUGUUUCUGCAUUUAUUGUUCUCACCUUAAAACUAAUUGAACUAAAAAAUAAAACAAAACGUUUCUAUA